AAAUCAAGACAACCAACAACAGGAAAAAUCUGCUACACCAACUCCUCCCAUACCUUUGAAUUCAGGCAAUGCAAAUGAUAAACUUAAUAAAUACAUUGUUAAUACGGAUAAAAGUGGUGAGCUGACUGUAACGGUACAGGGAGAUUUGACACAACAAGAAAAACGUGCUGUUUUUAUUACUGUCCAUGAUCUGGGUUGCAAUCAUAAUUCCUUCCAGGAAUUUGUCAACAGCCCCUGCAUGACAGAAAUCAAAGAACGUUCAUGUUUCAUACACAUCGAUGUGCCCGGACAUGCCGAUAAUGCCGAUGCACUAGCUGAAAGUUUUCAGUUUCCCACAUUGCAAAUGUUGGGUGAGGAUUUGGUAACGGUUUUGGAUUUUCUACAUGUUAAAUAUGUGAUUGGUUUGGGUGAGGGUGCUGGUGCCAAUGUGUUGGCUCGUUUUGGUUUGGCUCAUCCCACACGCGUGUUGGGUUUGAUUUUGAUCAAUGCUACCGGAAGUGCAGCCACGGUAAUGCAAUCAUUUAAAUCUAAGUUCAUACAAUGGAAAAACGAUGAGGUGGCCCAAUCGGCUGAAAGUUUCUUGAUGUAUCAUAAAUUUGGUCAUCAAUUGGUUGGCGAUAAUCCGGACAAGGAGAAGAUUGUUAACGAAUACCAGAAACGUUUAAGAGGCACUUUGAAUAGCAAAAAUGUGGGUCUUUAUGUCAAAGCAUUUAUGAAUCGCAAAGAUUUAACUUUGAAGGGCUGUAAGGUUGAUGUCAUUUUAAUCACUGGCAUGUUGAGUCCUUAUGCUUCGAUGGUGGAGAAGUUACAUCGUGAUGUUGAAAAGGAAAAGGUCACUAUGUUGAAAAUUGAAAGAGCUGGUGAUGUUUUAGCUGAUGCGCCCGCUAAAGUCGCCCAAUCGAUUCUAUUGUUCUGCAAAGGUCAAGGUCUCUUGACAUCCGUCAUUAUGCCGGGCGUUGAUCGUGGUCGGGCAUUUUCUACCAGUUCUGGUUCAUUCGAUGGCACCAACGGUACUCGCAAACUAUCAAGAGGGAUUUCCAUGGAGGACUACGACAAACCCAAUAUUCGUCGUUUAAGCAUCAUUAACAACGGGCAUCUCUUUAGCUAAACGUCAGUGUUAAGCAAUAUGGCUACACCGCCACCACCAACAAAACCUCCUAGAGGUGUAAAAUAUGGAAAAGAUGAGGCUGGCUGUGGUCUCAUUGUUAAUGUCAUCAAAUCGUUGGGUCUCAGCGAGACCAAUGAAGAACGUCAGAAAGAAAAGUCGAAAAUUGAAAAAGAAUUCAAGAAAUCUGAUCAAAGAUUAAAUGAUUUGGUAUCAAAACAUGACCAACAACUAUCGCAGGUUAUACCCCUGUUCACCAAAGUAUCCACAGAGGUAAAUAAUAGUCGCGAAAAGAUACAUGCGGUUAAGGAGAAUUUGAGUGCCUGCAAAAGACUGCUGCAAUGCAGGAGAGAGGAGUUGAAGAAAAUGUGGACAGAUGCUGUGCAGCAUAAACAUGUUUUAGUGAUGUUGGAACAAAUCAACGAUUUACGUAAAGUGCCUCAAAGUGUGGUUAGUUAUACAUCCAAACGCCAGUAUUUACAUGCCAGUAAAGUCCUAACCGAUGCUUUAAACUUAGUCAAUGGUCCUCUCAAAGAGGUGGAAGGUUUAGCUGACAUACGCUCCGACCUAAUGGGCCGUCGCCAACAUUUGUACCAACGUUUACACGAGGAAUUGGUGGCCCAAGUCUAUAAUAGUUCAGCCAAUGGCAUUUUAAAUGAUCUACAACGUUCCAAUUCUCAUCGUUUAAAUGCCAACUUCUCACGCAACAUUACCGCUAGACGUUCAACCGAUCGCAUUGAGGCUAAUGCCCGCGUACGCAAAGCCCUUCAAGAAAUGGCCCAAGGCGUGGAUCUUUCAAAAACGGAAAUCAUCGAAGAUGCAGAUCUUAUAGAUCCCGAACUAAGUAUGACCUAUUUUAUUGCCAUAAUUGUAGAGUGUUUUGGUAUGUUGCAAAAAGUACCCGAUUCCAUUGAGAAAUUGCGCGUGGGCAUUCAAACGGAAUUGCUGGAAAUUGUACGCACUACAACACGUCAAAUGAUUGAUAAUUCGAUAGCAUCGAAUGAACGUUAUCCUUUGUUGACCUUAUUGGAUGUUAUCUACAAACAAUUUAAGGCCAUUGCACGUACGCAUGCUACACUAUUGAAGAAUUUCUUGGUUGUCGUACAAAAGUAUCAGGUGGUGGGACCACAACAUUAUACAUUAACGGAUUUUUGGUCGCAGGCACAGUCGGUGCUGCAAUUGCUUUUAACCGAUUAUUUAGACAUUCAAAAUGCUUCCGCUGAAGAUGCUUCACAAUCUGCAUACAGUGAGCCCACUAACAAUAUUAAUACAUUUUUCCUAAGACGCAAAGUUCCAAGUACUAAAAAAUCUCUAUUUAAAUUUGAUAAAUCAUCGACUACAAAAACACCAACCACUGAGGGUUCAAAAGAACAUCGACGCAAUGUUUCGGAUGUUUCCAAUGACAAUUUGAAUGCCGCUUUAAAUGUUAGUGGCGGUAAGCCGGGUGGUGCCAGUUUUAAAACAACUCUUCCAUAUGAGAAACAACGUGAGAAACUAUUGAUUUGUACACCAGAUCAAAAUGUCAUAACUAAAGUGUAUUUACCCUUGAUGGCUUAUAUACAAGAAAUCGAAGGUUUUAUGAAAUGUAAACCAGGACAACCUUGCAGUCUUCAUGAUUUCAUUGACAACUACAUUAAGGAUACGUUCCUUUCCCAGGGCCACAAUUCUCAAUUACAACUGACCAUUGAUAGUUUUUCCAAAAAUCAAGAUGUUUGGCGAGCAAUUCUAAUGCCCGAAGAAAUGAAAUUAAUGAAUCUAUCACGACCUAUUUUACAAUCUACGGCCAGAGUUGAAAGAUGUUUAAUAGAAACCAAACAGCUUAUACAGGAUUUACCAUUUUACUCGGAGGAGCUAUUGAAAACGGUGUGUUCGGUGUUGAAAGACUAUAGGGAAAUAUGCCAGGCGGCUUAUCGUGGCAUUGUGCAGCCAGAUACCGAGGAUAAGAGAAUAUAUAGUGUGACUUGGUUAAAAGAUGAGGACAUUAGUAGAUUUUUAAAAACUUUACCUAAUUGGAUGGAUUUGAAAAAUUCCACCCAACCUCCUACUAAACAUAAUAAGAAACUACAUCGCAACACUUUUGAGACCUCAGAAGAAGAAAGUCCUGUUGAUGUACAACAACGUAACAUUAGAGAAGCCGAAAUGCUUAUCAGUAAUCUGGGCAAAGAUGGUAUUUCACAGCAGGAGAUUUUGGCCGAUAUUAGCGUGCUUAAAGAAUUGGCUAUACUGCAAGAAAGCAUGGAAUGGUUUUCGAGUCGUAUAUCAGAAUUUGCCAAUGAAUUAAGAAGACCUUUGGGCAAUGGCUUGACAACUGGUGUGGCUGUUAACGAUGGCACCAUUAAGGUUUUGACUAAUCUGGCUUUAGAAUUCGAUGAACUGGCCAAUACUUGUUUGCUGGUUUUACAUUUAGAGGUACGUGUGCAAUGUUUCCAUUAUUUGCGUUCGAAACGUCUUCAAACACGCUCUGAUAGUUUUAUUGAUUCCAAAGAUGACAUUUUGGAGCCGGAUCGUCAGGUCCAAGUGUUUACCAAACGUUUGUCGGAAAUGGAUGAAGCUUUUAGAAACACUUUGCAUCCGAGAAAAACAAAGUACAUUUUUGAGGGUUUGGCCCAUUUUGCGGCUCGUAUUUUAAUACAAGCCUCCAAUGCUAUUGAACACAUCGAUCAAAUCACCGUACAGCGUAUGUGUCGCAAUGCCUUGGCAUUGCAGCAAACCUUAAGUAAUAUAACAGCUUCACGGGAAGUAGCACUCGAUCAAGCUAAACAAUUUUACGAAUUGCUGUGCAUGGAACCAGAUGUCAUACUCACCACACUUGUUGAGCAAGGUUUACAAUUCACAGAAUUGCAAUAUCUAAAUGCUUUACAAUUAUCGUGCAAAGCACGCGGCAUUACAGAUUCCAAUACUUUGGCCAAUUAUCAGCAAAGAUUAGCGGAUAUCUUGGGAGCAGAACCUUCCACGGGCAUAGUCGUAUAAUACAUAUAAAGAAUACAAAUAUUAGUGCAAGACAUGUUUUAACUAAUUAUUAGUAACUCUCUCUAUUGAUGUCAUUGUUUGCUUUGCUUUGCUUUCCUUUCAUUUUUAUUUUCUUUAAAGAGAAAUAAGUUAUAUUUACAUACAUAUAAAGAUAUAAACUUUUUUUUAGCUUUUAAGACUGUUUCUCUUAAGUUUUGUCUUUUCCAGCUUGAGUUAUACCAUACAAACAAACAAACAUACAUUAUUAUAUAAAUGGCAUGAGAAUUUUUUUUUAUUAUUAUUUUGGUUUUUAUUUAAGAGCUUAAAGUUUUUACCUUUGAAUAGUUAAUAUAAAGCAAGAGAAAUAUUUAUAUUUAUUUAAUGCAAUUUUUAAGUUCAAAUUUCAAUGUUUAAAGAAAACAAAAUAUAUGUUUACCUAUUUAAAAAAAAAGAAAGAAAACAAAUUCAUAUACUAACUACUAUUACAUAUUAACAAAACAAAAAAACACAUUUAUCGAAGGAAGCAGAAACAACAAAUUACUCAUUAAACAUGAAAAACAACAACGUUCAAUUCACUUGGUGAUGUUUAAACAAUUUUGCUUAACUAAGUUGUUCAUUAUUAAUUAAUUAUAUUAUAUAAUAUACAUUAUACAAGAAAAAACAAAAACAUAUGUAUUAUUUAAACAAAAACCAAUUAAAAAUGAAACAAAAAAUAGAAGAAAAUCUAACUCAAACAA